ACCUGGAUCCCAACCUGUAUGCGUGCCCCGACCAGGACCUCAACCUGGACCCCGGCCCUGACCCCGGCCCCCACCUGGACCCACACCGAGAUCUGGACCCCGACCUGGAGCUGGACCCACGCCGAGAUCUGGACCCCGAACCGGACCCCGACAGCCAGCUGCCAGAGCUCGACCCGCUGUUUUGCUGGACUCAAGAGCCAGAGGACUACGGCCCCCCGAGUUGCCCAGGGAGCCCGGCUCCCCACGUGCAGAAUUGCAACCACGGCCACCACCGGCGGGGUGAUGCUGGCCUCUUCCCGUCCUUCCCGUCGCCCUCGGAGGGCGACCCGGCGCUGGAGGGGCCCGGGGACCCAGACGGUUGCUUGGACUUGAGCCAGACCCGCCCCCUGUUGAGCGAGCCCGAGGGCUGUACGGAGGAGGGCCCCCGCCUGCGGGCCGUGUUCGACGCCCUGGAUGGGGACGGGGACGGCUUCGUCCGCAUCGAGGAUUUCGUCCAGUUCGCGAUGGUCUACGGGGCAGAGCAGGUGAAGGACUUAACAAAACACUUGGACCCCAGCGGGCUCGGCGUGGUCAGUUUUGAAGACUUCUACCGAGGGGUCACGGCGAUCAGAAACGGAGAUUCCGAUGGCCAGCUCUGUGUCGCGCCAGCCCAGGACGAGGCGCCACCAGCCUGCUCCGAUGAGUUUGACGACUUUGUCACCUUUGAGGCCAACGAGGUAACAGACAGCGCGUACAUGGGCUCCGAGAGCACCUACAGCGAGUGCGAGACCUUCACCGAUGAGGACACGAGCACCCUGGUGCACCCCGAGCUGCAGCCUGAAGGGGACACGGACAGCGCGGGUGGCUCGGCCGUGCCCUCUGAGUGCCUGGACGCCAUGGAGGAGCCAGGCCACGGGGCCCUCCUACUGCUCCCAGGCAGAUCCCACCCGCACAGCCAGUCGGUCGUCACGGUGAUGGGUGGCGAGGAGCACUUCGAGGACUAUGGCGAGGGCAGCGAGGCGGAGCUGUCCCCGGAGACCCUGUGCAACGGGGAGCAUGGCUGCAGGGAGCCCACGUUCCUCAGCCCCUGUCCAGCGAAGCGGCUCUCCAGCAAGAAGGUGGCAAGGCACCUGCACCAGUCGGGGGCCCUGACCAUGGAAGCCCUGCAGGACCCGCCCCCAGACCCCAUGGAGGGCGUGGAAGAGGACAUUGCUGACAAGGUUGUUUUCCUGGAGAAGCGGGUGUUGGAGCUAGAGAAGGACACCGUCGCCAAUGGGGAACAGCACAGCCGGCUGCGGCAGGAGAACCUCCAGCUGGUGCACAGAGCCAAUGCCCUCGAGGAGCAGCUGAAGGAGCAGGAGCUGAGGGCCUGUGAGAUGGUCUUGGAAGAGACACGGAAGCAGAAGGAGCUGCUGUGCAAGAUGGAGAGAGAGAAGAGCAUCGAGGUCGAGAACCUGCAGGCCAGGCUGCAGCAGCUGGACGAGGAGAACAGCGAGUUGAGGUCCUGCACACCCUGUCUGAAGGCCAACAUCGAACGCCUAGAGGAGGAGAAGCAGAAGUUGCUGGACGAGAUCGAGGAGUUGUCCCUGCGGCUCAGCGACGAGCAGGAGAACAGGAGGAAGCUGGGGGACAGGUUGAGUCACGAGAGGCACCAGUUCCAGAGGGACAAAGAGGCGACCCAGGAGCUGAUCGAGGAUCUGCGCAAGCAGUUGGAGCACCUGCAGCUCUUCAAGCUGGAGGCAGAGCAGAGGCGGGGCCGGAGCAGCAGCGCUGGCCUGCAGGAGUACCACAGCCGCACGCGGGAGAGUGAGCUGGAGCAGGAGGUCCGCCGGCUGAAGCAGGACAACCGUAAUCUGAAGGAGCAGAACGAUGAACUCAACGGGCAGAUUAUAAACCUGAGCAUCCAGGGCGCCAAGAACCUCUUCUCAACAUCCUUCUCCGAGUCCCUGGCCGCAGAGAUCAGCUCGGUCUCCCGUGACGAGCUCAUGGAGGCAAUUCAGAAGCAAGAGGAGAUAAACUUCCGCCUGCAGGACUACAUCGACAGGAUCAUUGUGGCCAUCAUGGAGACCAACCCGUCCAUCCUGGAGGUCAAGUAGAGACAGGAAGGCCCAGCCCAGGCUGGAUUCGGGACUCCACCCAACCCCAGAGACGGCCUAGCCCGACAGGCCCCAGCAGACCGAGCCCGGAGCACACAGCUGGGCUAGGGCACAAAGAUGGGGCUGCAGGGGGGGCAGGCACGGGGAAAAGGAGGGGGGCCGGGACUGGAGCCCACAGCAGGUGUGGCAGGCGGGCCUGCCCAUGGCUCUGGCCUCCCACUGCCCCCUCCUCUCUGUGCAGAGAUGUGGGGACCGUUUCUCAGGCUGGGGUGAGCUCACUCUUAUGUGGCAGACCCUCCCGCUGUCCCACCCUGUCAGGGAGGAAAGGAAGGAGGCGGGUCCCAACCAGGUGCUGCCACCUGCACUCACGCAGGCACCAUGACCUGGUGCCACCCGGGCCUCAGCCAUACCCAGACAGCGCAGAGGCCCCAGCACCUUACGCCAGAUGUGGCAUGGGGAACACAGGCGGGCGAGGUCGGUGCGCGUCAGGCUAUGGCCAGGAGCUGCAGGCUCCCGCUCUCCUGGGACCGUGUCCCGCUGGCACUGGCCUGCGUCUCCGCAAGCUGCUCAGGCCCUCCCCAGGCCGGAAGGGCACCUGUGUCCAGCUUCAGGCCCAGGGGUCUCCAGGCCACAUGGCUGUUCUCACGGCCGGACCCCAGCUGCACUAACCCUCAGGGGCUCUGACCCUCCUGUGAGGGCUGAGCAGGAGCCCCCGCUCUGAAAUCAGGACUUGAGAGUAACUGUGUGGGAUGCGCCGUCUGGACGGGUGGAUGUCGCCAGCCCCCUCUGCCUCAGGGUGUAGGCGAGGCCGUGGCGAGGGGCUGCCUCCCCAUGAUGUGGCCUUCCUGGCCUCCUGGUGCCCUCCCCCCAGGCAGAUCUCGGUGCCCCUGGAGAUGUCCCGGUUGCCCAGCCGGAGUCCAGCUGUCAGGGCCGUUUCCUUUGGGUGUUUGCAGUUGUGAGCAGUCACUGUCCUUCCCCGAGGUGUGUUUCACAGGAGGCCGGGCAGGGCAGCUCUCCAAGCACACAGAUGAAGAGCCGAGAACCAGGCCUUCCUGGUGGCUUGGGGGUCCCUUCAGGGAAGCCCUGCCUGGCUCCACGCCGUCCUGCCCGGCGCCUGCACUGCAGGAGCGGCAGCGUCUCCCCCGCGACAGCUGCUGGGCCUGCCCCUGAGCCUGAGCACGGCCAGGAGCCGCCGGGUGCUCCGGGUGGGCCGGGAUCCCGCACACAGGCUGGCCACUGCUGUGUGCGAGUGCGUGCGUGCGUGUGCGUGAGCGCGUGUGUGCAGGCGUGUGUGUGGCCCCGCGUCCCUCUGUCCUCCACGUGGCCCACCUUCUACACUAAGAUUUAAGACGUUGCCUCGCAUUGUACAUUUUGGGGAAAGCCUUGGGUGUAAAUCAGUGUAAACUUGAGGAGAGAUUUUUCUAUCAUGUAGAGUAGGUAUUUUUUAUAGAUUGAAGGUUGAUCAAUUUUUUAAUACUUCCAAGAGAGAAAACUAUCGGGGUAUACACAUGAAAUAUAUAUAUAUGUAUGAUCAUAAAUACUGGGACUCUGCUUUCCGCGCCCCGCCACCCGCUGGCAGACAUGGUCUGUUUCUAGGCGUCCCUCAGUGGUACGUUACUGUCAGCACGAGUUGCCAGGAGACGUUCCACACAGACGCCCAGCACUGACCUGCACGCUGACCCUGCUUCAUCCCCUCCAAGACUCUUCUAGGCAGAGCGACAGCAGCCCUGAUGUGGAGGGCGAGGCCAGGGUGGUCUCCCCAGACUGAAGCUGCAGCUGCACAUGCAAAGGCCUGCUCCUUCCUCUGCAGGGCUGAAGGGCAGAGGAUGGUGCUGCGGGCCUGGCCUAGACCCCACAGGCAUUUGGGGGUUGGAGACCAUGUGCCCGACUGAGCCCAGACAGCAGGAGGCCUUGUGGUCAGGCCAACCCCUCCUCGCCUUGGUGUGAGCCCCCCACCACCAGAGGCCCUGGGAUGGCACCUCCAGGCUGGACUCCCAGCAGAGUGGCCGAGGGGCACUCCUGGGGUGGGGCUGCUUGAUGGGGCUCCAGCAGCCAUGUGCUUAUGGUAGGCCAGCCAGGCGGAGGGGCAGCAGUGAAAGUCUCUGGGGCUCAUUAUGAAUGCGAUGUCCCCAUGGGACAUGCAGUUGGGGUGAAGGAGGGCCCCACACAGAAUGACCAGAUGGGAUUGGGCUGCAGAAGUGGGUGAGGAGCAGAGCUCAGGUGCCACCACAGGCAUGGCUGCCACCAAGAAGGUUCUAAGGGUAAGUGACCAGAUUUGAUUUGAAGGAGGAUUGUUAGCUAAAAGUCCUCAAAACUUGAUUGCCCAGCCAUCCAUAGGAGCAGCAGACCGAGCAUCUCCCAUCCCCCUUGCACUGAACCACCUGCAUGCCAGACACAGACAGGGAAACCAAGGCCCAGGGAGCCCGAGAACCCCACCAGGCAGACAGGGCUGGAGCCCAGGUCUGCUGCCCACUCGGCCCCGGCUGCUGCCCACAGAGCUGAUGGCUCGAGGGCCAUGACGGGUGGACACAGCCUGGCCUGCAGCCAGCAGGAUCCCCCAGGUCUCACCUCAGCUGGGGUGUGGCAGGACUCUCAGGGUCACCAGGGUCAGGCCUCGGAGCCCUGGCUGCUGCUGGGCAGCAUGGAGGAGGAAAGCAGGGGAUGUGGCCGUGUCCAAGGCCGAGCUCCUGCCCCAAGCCCCAGCUCCUGCCCCAAGCCCCUCCCCACCAGGAUGCCCGAGGUGGGGGCGCCCUGCAUAUGGAACCAGACAGCCCCCCGUGCUCCCAGUGCUCAGAGAGGGCAGCUCCUUGGAGAGGCACGCAGCACCCUCUUGUCAGGUCCAUUAGCAGGACUGGUACCCGGCCACCUCAGGGCCCAGUGUUCACCAGGUAGAACCCGUGGCCACGAGGCCAGAGAAGGUGGCAUGGUGCUGGGGCCUGGGGGGAGUCUGCACCCAGGGCCUGCUCAAUACUGGGGGACGCCAAAGCACUGCCACAGGUUCCUAAGGUUAGGGGUUCUGGGAGGGCCUUGUCUCCAGCCGGGCUGCACUGAGGGGGUCUCUGCUGGCCCAGGAAGAGGCCGGUGCCUCUUUGCUUUGACACCUGCCCUACCUCCAGCCCCGCAGCUGUUCGUCUGGAGCCUGCGGGGCCGUCUGCCCAGAGGAGGAGCUGCAAGUGGGCAGGGGGCCAAAGCCAGGAGGGGAGGGGGGAGCUGCCAGUCCCCCCGCUUCAUUCCCACCCUUAAACCCGUGGGGGCCUGUCUGCUGUCCAGCUGGCCCCACCAGCAGCUGAUGCUGAUCCCUGCCUGGGCCCCCAGCCCAAUAGGGAGACACAGCCCCCACACGUGAGGAGAGUCCACUGUAAAUGCAAACGACAGCUCCUGGCUGCCACCUGGGAAGGGCUCCCUGGGGUGAGGGGGGUGCCCAGGGAGCAUGCUGGAGGGCACUGCAGUGGGACCCAUGAGGUCAGUGUCAAGGCCUGCACCCCCUAGGCCUGAGUGCGCCCCUCCCAUGUGGGGCCGUCCACCCCCAACCCCGAAUCAGCCUGGCCACAGGCUCCCCACUGGACCCUGCCUCAGGCUGGCCCCUCUCACUGCUGGAGAGCCGCUGCUUGAACGUCCUUAGUCAAUUCUGCAUGACUCCGCGUGUGGGAAAAGCUGGGAGCACGGCUCCACCCUCCCCUGGAAGGCUGCUGGCAGGUGGGCACGCGGCCUGCCUGGUUCCUCCUACUGUCCCACACACACUGCCCGGCCCCUGGUCGGGCCUGCUCCAGCCUGUCCACACUCUCAGCCCAGCUGCCCCACGUCUGCCCCUCCACCUGCUGGCAGCUCAGAGACUAGGAGAUGGAGGCCCAGAGAAGAACCCCCUUUUGCAGAGGGAGAUUCGCCCUAAGCUAACAUCUGUUGCCAGUCUCCCUCCUU